GUUCCAUCUGGGCCUGCGUCGCAGGGCCUCGCACGAUGCGGCCGGGACCCCCGCGGCCCAGGCAGGGGGGCGGCGCCGCCUGGGGCCCCUGGCGGGGUGCCGGUCGGGCCGAGGCGUUCGAGCGGGCGCUGAAGCUCGAGCGGGGGGAGAAGCUCACAGGCAUAGUCACCGCGACGUGUGCAAAAGGCUUCUUCGUCAACUGUGGACUGAACAAGGACGCAUUUGUCCCCGCGGACAAGAUGUUGAAGAAACACCUCGAGCCGAAGGAGGCGGUCGAGAUCGGCGAGGAGAUGUCAGUGUGGGUCUCUCAUGUGGACUACAAACCAGGGACGAUCCCGAAGAUCACGGUCCAUCAGAAGCCGCCGUUCGACCCAGAACCCUUCAAGCAGUACGGGCAGGGUCACUGGAUCCUGGGCAACAUUACAGGCAUAGACAGCGAGGGGAUCGACGUCCUGAUCCCCCCGCCCGACGACGGCGAGUGGCAGGAGGGCAGGGUGCGCAAGAACGACAUCCGUGAGAAGACGCCCGGCAUGCCGCGGGUCAUGCCCAAGCAGGAGGGCUUCCGGUACCGACAGCAAGUUCCCGUGCGGGUCAAGUGGGUCACCAACAGGGAGAUCUUCCUCAGCAUGAUCCCGCGGCUUCCGGAGUGA